CCACGAUGGCAGAAAUGGCUGGCGCAUCCUGUCCUUUGCCCAUUGAACAAGAUAAUGCAGUUUCUAGCGAGCAACCCAAAGGAAAUCUUGCUCUUGACUCGUCGACCUUUGUUCCACCAAUUCCACUGGUGUCACCCAGCAUUAUCAUAGAAUUCUGCGACCGCUGUCGAUGGCUCCAUCGAGCGACCUGGGUUUCCACAGAGUUGUUCCUUACAUUCCCGCCUCCAGCCUUGAAGGCAAUAACAAUCAUUCCUCUAAACUCUGAGGAAACUGGAGGUCGUUUCAGGGUCUGGCUCAAUCUCGAAGGCAGUCUCCCACACUUGAUGUGGGACAGGAAGAUCGAAGGUGGUUUCCCCGAACUGAAAAAUCUGAAGCAACGUAUCCGCGACCACGUACAACCUGGCAAAUCGUUAGGUCAUUCGGACAAAAAGAGUGAAUGACGGGUCGAAGACCCUUGUGGAAAUUAUUCGAAGCGGUUUUUGAAUACAUAAGUGGAUUAUGUUGCAUACUACGUCACAAUAGUAGAGCAGUAACUUGGCAGUAACUCUAAUGUAAAUUAUAGUGAGAAUGUUGUUGAAUGAGCUCGGGGCCUCGGCAGGCG